CUUACGGCUCCACCCUACGCCUACAUCCGGGCGACCGUUGGGGCGCACAUAGUUCCUCUGGGUGGCGGCAAAAACCGAGGUGAGGCGGCCGUUGGCCUUAGCCUCUUAAAAAUUAAAAACUGUAUGUUUUAGCGAAUAAUGAAAACGCAGUCUGGAUGAAAAACCCGACGACGCUUGAUCAGGCAUCCAGUACACUAGCUGUGGCCCCGCCCCGCCAGGCACUCGCUCCGCCUCUUCGCCCCCAUUGGUCUUAAGCACCGCCCGGCAUCCCUGCGAUUGGCUAGACCGGGCCCGUCGCGUCCAAUAGGCUGUGGCGCCGGCUUUCCCGCGGCUGUUCGCUGUUCCAGUGGGUCGUGGCGGUGGCGGCAGCGGCGGUUAGGGGAUGUAACGGUCGCCCGGCUCCGGCGCGACGAUGGCGGCCGUAGGGUCCGGAGGCUAUGCGCGGAACGAUGCAGGGGAGAAGCUGCCCUCUGUCAUGGCGGGAGUUCCGGCGCGGAGGGGCCAGUCCUCCCCGCCCCCCGCCCCACCGCUCUGCCUCCGGCGGCGGACGCGACUCUCGACGGCCUCCGAGGAGACGGUACAGAACCGGGUGUCACUCGAGAAGGUGCUUGGCAUCACAGCCCAGAACAGCAGUGGCCUAACCUGUGACCCCGGCACAGGCCAUGUGGCCUACCUGGCAGGCUGUGUGGUGGUGAUUUUGGACCCCAAGGAGAACAAGCAGCAGCACAUCUUUAACACCGCCAGGAAAUCUCUGAGUGCUCUGGCCUUCUCCCCUGAUGGGAAGUACAUAGUGACAGGGGAGAAUGGGCAUAGGCCUGCCGUGCGCAUCUGGGAUGCGGAGGAGAAGAAUCAGGUGGCGGAGAUGCUAGGCCACAAGUAUGGUGUGGCGUGUGUGGCCUUCUCACCCAAUAUGAAGCACGUCGUGUCCAUGGGCUACCAACAUGACAUGGUGCUCAACGUCUGGGACUGGAAGAAAGACAUCGUAGUGGCCUCCAACAAGGUAUCUUGUAGAGUCAUCGCCCUCUCCUUCUCAGAGGACAGCAGCUAUUUUGUCACUGUUGGGAACCGGCAUGUGAGGUUCUGGUUCUUGGAAGUCUCCACUGAGACAAAGGUGACGAGCACAGUGCCCCUUGUAGGGCGCUCGGGCAUCCUGGGUGAGCUGCACAACAACAUCUUCUGUGGUGUGGCCUGCGGUCGGGGCCGGAUGGCGGGCAGUACCUUCUGUGUGUCCUACUCGGGCCUCCUCUGCCAGUUCAAUGAGAAGAGGGUGCUGGAGAAGUGGAUCAACCUGAAGGUCUCCCUGUCUUCCUGCCUCUGUGUCAGCCAGGAGCUCAUCUUCUGUGGCUGCACAGAUGGGAUAGUCCGCGUCUUCCAGGCCCACAGCCUGCACUACCUCGCCAACCUGCCCAAGCCACACUACCUUGGGGUAGACGUGGCACAGGGCCUGGAGCCCAGCUUCCUCUUCCACAGGAAGGCGGAAGCAGUCUACCCAGAUACAGUGGCACUGACCUUCGACCCCAUCCACCAGUGGCUGUCCUGCGUGUAUAAGGACCACAGCAUCUACAUCUGGGAUGUCAAAGACAUCAACAGAGUGGGCAAGGUUUGGUCAGAGCUCUUCCACAGCUCCUACGUUUGGAACGUGGAGGUGUAUCCUGAGUUUGAAGACCAGAGAGCUUGUUUGCCAUCAGGAUCCUUUCUGACUUGUUCUUCAGACAACACCAUUCGCUUCUGGAACUUGGACAGUAGCCCUGAUUCUCACUGGCAGAAAAACAUCUUCAGCAAUACCCUGCUGAAGGUCGUGUAUGUGGAGAAUGACAUCCGGCACCUGCAGGACAUGUCACACUUCCCAGACCGGGGGAGCGAGAACGGGACGCCCAUGGACGUGAAAGCCGGGGUGCGGGUCAUGCAGGUCAGUCCUGACGGCCAGCAUUUGGCUUCAGGCGACCGAAGUGGAAAUCUGAGGAUCCACGAGCUGCACUUCAUGGACGAGCUGGUCAAGGUGGAGGCCCAUGAUGCUGAGGUGCUGUGCCUGGAGUACUCCAAGCCAGAGACGGGGCUGACCUUGCUGGCCUCAGCCAGUCGGGACCGGCUGAUCCAUGUGCUGAACGUGGAGAAGAACUACAACCUGGAACAGACACUGGAUGACCACUCCUCCUCCAUCACUGCCAUCAAGUUUGCUGGCAACAGAGACAUCCAGAUGAUCAGCUGUGGGGCCGACAAGAGCAUCUACUUUCGCAGUGCCCAGCAGGGUUCAGAUGGACUACACUUUGUCCGUACCCACCACGUAGCAGAGAAAACCACCUUGUAUGACAUGGACAUUGACAUCACCCAGAAGUACGUGGCCGUGGCCUGCCAGGACCGCAAUGUGAGAGUCUACAACACUGUGAACGGGAAGCAGAAGAAGUGCUACAAGGGCUCCCAGGGUGACGAAGGGUCCUUGCUGAAGGUCCAUGUGGACCCCUCAGGCACCUUCCUGGCCACCAGCUGCUCUGACAAAAGCAUCUCAGUGAUUGACUUUUACUCGGGAGAGUGCAUUGCCAAGAUGUUUGGCCAUUCAGAAAUUAUUACCAGCAUGAAGUUCACCUAUGACUGUCAUCACUUGAUCACAGUAUCCGGAGACAGCUGCGUGUUCAUCUGGCACCUGGGCCCGGAGAUCACCAACUGCAUGAAGCAGCACUUGCUGGAGAUCGACCAGCAGCAGCAGCAGCAGCAGCACACAAAGGACAAGAAGCGGAGCGGCCACCCCAGUGGGGAGGCGGCAUCAAGUGAGAGACUUGCCAGCACCAUCUUGACCAGCAGCCAAGAAUAUGUUCACAUGGAGCUUAGCACAGGGCCCGGCCCUAGGCAAGUCCCCAACCACCAGCCCAUUUGCCUGUAUUCUCUCCUUACCAUCCUCAUUCCUGGCUUUAGACAAGAUACAUAUGUGUCCACACCUAGUGAGAUUCGCUCCCUGAGCCCUGGAGAGCAAACAGAGGAUGAUCUGGAGGAAGAGUGUGAGCCAGAAGAGAUGCUGAAGACACCAUCCAAAGACAGCUUGGAUCCAGAUCCUCGGUGCCUGCUAACCAAUGGCAAGCUGCCACUGUGGGCAAAGCGGCUGCUAGGGGACGAUGAUGUGGCAGAUGGCUUGGCCUUCCACGCCAAGCGCAGCUACCAGCCCCACGGCCGCUGGGCAGAGCGGGCCAGCCAAGAGCCCCUCAAGACCAUCCUGGAUGCCCAGGACCUGGAUUGCUACUUUACCCCCAUGAAGCCCGAGAGUCUGGAAAACUCCAUUCUGGAUUCACUGGAGCCACAGAGCCUGGCCAGCUUGCUGAGUGAGUCAGAGAGUCCCCAGGAAGCUGGCCGCGGGCACCCCUCCUUCCUGCCCCAACAGAAGGAAUCAUCUGAGGCCAGUGAGCUCAUCCUCUACUCUCUGGAGGCAGAAGUGACAGUCACAGGGACAGACAGCCAGUAUUGCGGGAAGGAGGUGGAGGCCGGGCCUGGAGACCAGCAGGGCGACUCCUACGUCAGGGUGUCCUCCGACAGCCCAAAGGACCAGAGCCCACCUGAGGACUCAGGGGAGUCAGAGGCCGACCUGGAGUGCAGCUUUGCAGCCAUCCACUCCCCAUCUCCGCCUCCUGACCCCACCCCUUGGUUUGCCACAUCUCUGCCCCAUUUCCCAGGAUGCACAGGUCCCACAGAAGAUGAGCUGUCCCUGCCCGAGGGACCCAGCGUCCCCAGCAGCUCCCUACCCCAGACUCCGGAGCAGGAGAAGUUCCUCCGUCACCACUUUGAGACACUGACAGAGUCCCCCUGCAGAGAGCUCUUCCCCGCGGCUCUGGGAGACGUGGAGGCCUCUGAAGCUGAAGACUACUUCUUCAAUCCACGCCUAAGCAUCUCCACGCAGUUCUUCUCAAGCCUCCAGAAGGCAUCCAGGUUCACCCAUACCUUCCCUCCCCGGGCAACCCAGCGCCUUGUGAAGUCUCCAGAGGUCAAGCUCAUGGACCGAGGUGGAAGCCAGCCCAGAGCAGGUACUGGCUACGCCUCCCCAGACGGGACCCACGUCCUCGCUGCAGGGAAGGCUGAAGAGACCCUGGAUGCCUGGUGCCCAUCAUCUCCCUGCCGUACGAGCCUGGCGUCCUGUGUCCCUGCUUCCUCCGUGCUGCCCAUAGACAGGAAGCUCCCAACGCCCACAUCUGCACCCACCCCAGGCCUGGCUCAGGGUGUCCACGCCCCCUCCACCUGUUCCUACAUGGAGGCCACUGCCAGCUCCCGUGCCAGGAUAUCACGCAGCAUCUCCCUCGGUGACAGCGAGGGCCCUAUUGUGGCCACGCUGGCCCAGCCCCUCUGUAGGCCAUCGUCCGUUGGGGAGCUGGCCUCCUUGGGCCAGGAGCUUCAGGCCAUCACCACUGCAGCAACACCCAAUUUGGGCAGCGAGGGCCAAGAGCCUGCCCUGCAUUCCUGGGGCAACCACGAGGCCCGGGCAAACCUGAGACUGACCCUGUCAAGUGUCUGCGAUGGGCUCCUGCUGCCCCCCAUGGAUGCCCAGCCUGGCAUCACCGUCCCGGCAGUGAGCUUCCCAACCCCUAGCCCCGUGGAAGAGAGCGCCCUGAGGCUCCAUGGCUCUGCCUUUCACCCAAGUAUCCCAGCUCCUGAGUCCCCUGGCCUUCCUGCCCACCCCAGUAACCCCCAGCUUCCAGAGGCUGGACCUGGCAUCCCUGGCGGCACUGCCUCCCUCCCGGAGCCCACCUCCGGUGCACUCAGUCUGUUCCAGGGCAGCCCUGCCCACUGGAGUGAGCCCUGGGUGCCAGCUGAAGCCCUGCCCCCAUCCCCCCUUGAGCUGAGCAGGGUGGGGAACAUCUUGCACAGGCUGCAGACCACCUUCCAAGAAGCCCUCGACCUUUACCGUGUGUUGGUCUCCAGUGGCCAAGUGGACACCGGGCAGCAGCAGGCACAGACUGAGCUGGUCUCCACCUUCCUGUGGAUCCACGGCCAGCUGGAGGCCGAAUGCCUGGUGGGGACUAGUGUGGCCCCAGCCCAGGCCCUGCCCAGCCCAGGACCCCCGUCCCCACCGAUGCUGUGCCCCCUGGCCAGCCCAGACCUGCAGACCCUGCUGGAACACUACUCAGAGCUGCUGGUGCAGGCCGUACGGAGGAAGGCACGGGGACACUGAGGGCGCAGCCCCUCCACCGCAGCCCUGCUGCUUCUGAGGACUUAGGUAUUUUAAGCGAAUAAACUGACAGCUUGGAGGAA